AUGGAUCCUUUAUUCAACAUCACCGAUGCGCCAAAUUUGACCAGCACCGGCUCCAACGACUCCACUAACGGGACCAUAUACUGGAACCAGUUCGUGCAGCCCGUCUGGAGAAUUAUGCUGUGGGCCAUUGCGUACAGCUGUAUAGUAAUCGUGUCCGUGGUUGGCAAUGUUACAGUCAUCUGGAUUAUUAUGGCGCACAAACGCAUGAGGACCGUCACCAAUUAUUUCCUGCUCAACCUGGCGUUCGCCGAAGCCUCCAUGUCUGCCUUCAACACGGUCAUCAACUUCACCUACGCCGUGCACAACGAGUGGUACUUCGGACUGGUCUACUGCCGCUUCCACAACUUCUUCCCCGUCGCGGCUGUGUUCGCCAGCAUCUACUCCAUGACGGCCAUCGCUGUGGACAGGUACAUGGCCAUCAUCCACCCUCUGCAGCAGCGCAUGUCAUCCACGGAGACCAAGGUGGUGGUGGCGGUGAUCUGGGUGCUGGCUCUGCUCCUUGCCUUCCCUCAGUAUUACUACUCCAACACAGACCAGCUGCUGGACCGCGUGGUGUGCUACAUCGACUGGCCCGAGUACACCGUGUGCGACUUCAAAAAGAUGUACUAUGUGUGUGUGGCCAUCCUCAUCUACUUCCUUCCUCUGCUGGUGAUGGGUUGUGCUUAUCUGGUGGUGGGACUAACCCUGUGGGCCAGUGAGAUCCCCGGAGACUCUUCUGACCGCUACAAGGAGCAGCUGACCGCCAAACGCAAGGUGGUGAAGAUGAUGAUCGUGGUGGUGUGUACGUUUGCCAUCUGCUGGCUGCCCUACCACGUCUACUUCCUGCUGCACCAGUUCUUCCCCGGCAUGUUUGAACAAAAGUUUAUCCAGCAGGUGUACCUGACCAUCAUGUGGCUGGCUAUGAGCUCCACCAUGUACAACCCCAUCAUCUACUGCUGCCUCAACGACAGGUUUCGUGCAGGUUUUAAACAAGCCUUUCGCUUCUGCCCCUGCGUCCCGCGAGGCUCCUACGAAGGCCUGGAACUCAAGUCCACUCGCUACCUUCAGACCCAGACGAGCGUUUUCAAGGCCAGCCGGAUGGAGACCGCCGUGUCCGCCGUGUCCACCGUGUCCACCGUGUCCACCGUCCUGCAGGCCGGGGACAACAUGGAGCUGCCCAAGGCGACAGCAGGCCCGCGCCCCGGUGCGGCAGCAGCCAGAGCACAUAGCUCCUCCGUGGAUUUUACCUCCAAUGGCUCAUCGUCCCAGAGUGUCUCCAAAACGGUAUCAGAGACAUCCAGUUUCUACUCCAACAACAACCUGCUGGAAUAAAC